CCCAAGCUGUUUGGAGAGGGCAUGGGCCUAUGUACAAAGGGAAACGUUACUCUGCAGCUGAAAGAAAAGUGUCGUCCAGUUUUCUGCCCUAAACGUCCAGUUGCGUACGCUAUGCUGGAUGCAGUCGACAAGGAACUGGACCGGCUGGAGAAGCUAGGAGUCAUCACACCGGUCGAUUUCUCUGACUGGGCCGCACCAAUUGUCGUCGUGCGGAAAGCAAACGGUCAGAUAAGGAUCUGCGGAGAUUACUCGACCGGUCUCAAUGGAGCCUUGCACCCCCAGGAGUACCCGCUUCCACUACCAGCAGAUAUUUUCGCCAGGCUAGGUCGAAAUUGCUGAGCAGAGUCGGAAGUUUCUAACCAUCAACACGCAUAAAGGGCUUUACUCCUACAACCGACUACCACCGGGCAUCAAGG